AUGCAUAAACUUGUUGUAGUACUCUCUGUUCUUCUCCUGUGCGUCGUCCCGCAUUUCAAUGUGGUACAAGCAGGCAAUGCGCCUGCUCCUUCCCCAAAACCCACCAACACCCCCACAAAGCCGCCGCCUCCGCAACCCUCUCCUGCUUCUUCUCCGACCACUUCUCCUGCAAAGCCUCCCGCGUCCACUCCGAGCCCUCCGACUCAGUCGCCGCCUUCGCCUUCUCCCAAGACCUCUCCGCCAACUUCCCCGCCGACCCCAACUCCUUCGGCGGCGACCCCACCCACCGUCUCUCGGGCGUCCCCUCCCACAUCGGUUUCUCCGGCGAAGAGCCCGUCCAAGAGUGUGUCUCCACCGGCUCAAUCACCGGCGCCCCCUACGCCCACCGUUGCCUCUCCGGCCAAAACUCCGGUGAGCGCUCCUAAGAAAAGUCCGGUCGGUGCUUCGCCAGUUGCAGAGGGUCCUGAGAUUGCAGAGACCCCAUCGUUACCAGUGGGCAUUCCUUCGAGUUCUGCAACACCGGCAGGAUCCCCGGGAAUUUUCCCUUCAAGGGGGGGUAGCCCACCGAUUCCGGCGCCGGCAAGUCUGUCACCUGAUAGUGCUGCCCAGGGUCCAUCAAGCGAUGAAUCGUUUGCUUCUGGUUUGAAUGCGGUUCGGGUUGUUUUGAGCGGGCUGUCUGUCUGGGUUGCUUUGGCUCUCUAA